AUGGGUGUUAACGUUACAGAGUUCGAAUCUUUCGAACAAGAAAUUCUAAAACUUAUUGAAGAACUUCAGACAGUUACUUCGUCAGAAAAUCGUCUCCGUGAAUCAUUGCGUGCGGAAGCGACGCGAGCGGAGGCAGCAGAGGCGGCGAGGGACAGCGCAGAGCGGGCCGCAGCGGAAGCACGGGGCUCCGCUGCCGCCGCCGCUGCCAGCACCGCGCAAAUCACCACUACUCUGGCCAAGGCACAAGAUGAACUUGCAGCUACUAAAAUGCAGUUCGAAUUGGCGGAACGUCAUAGAGUUGUUCUAGAAGAAAAGUGUUCGGAAAUGACGAUUGAACUAGAGACGGUGCGACGAGAAUUACAAAAAUUAAAACCGCUUCAAACUUCUCAAGCUAAUUUACAGAAACAGUACACAGAACUACAAGAACACGUCCACAGUGCUAUAAACGCCGCUCGUAGCGAAGCAUCACGAUUAGAAGCUGAACUUAGGAGAGUGGAGAAAUGCGCGAGUGGUGGCACAGAGUUACGAGAGCGAGCCCGCCUGGCUGCGGCCGCGCAUGUACGAGAGAGACGCUUGGCCGCCGCGGAGUUGCAACACACCACGCAGGAAUUACAUAACGCUAAAGCGGAAGUGACCAAGCUAGGCGCGUUGGUAGCUGAACUGCAGUGCCGUCUGGCAUUGUUCAAGAGCACUGAUCUUUCGAAAGAAAAGCAGACAAUAGAUAGUAAUGAAGAGGCGCUAAUAGAAGCACGGGCGGCUUUAGACGCCGAGAGAGCAGGAACAGAGCGUCUUGAACGGGCCUUGGCCGCAGCCCUCGCGGACAACGCAACGUUGGCGGCCAAACUGCACGUUUCAGACAAUGAUGAACCCACGCAACAACCAAUAGAACAACCGCCGUCUGCGUCAACCAAUAUCUGCCCCAUUGACUCAUUCUUAGCUGAGUAAUUUCUAUUUACUAUAGAUGUAGACAUCAAUUUAACUAUAUGUAUAUUACGUCACUAAACUUUAGCUAGGUUGUCAUGUACCAAAUAAACUUUGGCA